CACCACCACCUCAAUGUCACCCGACGCGUUGUUACUCGCGCUUUCUCCCAACAGGCCUUCCUUGAGCCCCUUUCCGAAUAUCCCGGCAUUACUUGUCUCUCCCUGAACCGACCUGAGGCCAAAAACGCCAUCUCCACAACUUUGCUAAAGGUUAUUGAUAUCCAACUCAGGAUUCAGCUGACCUGAAGACUGCAGGAACUUCGAGAAAGCCUCCAAACAGUUCACUCAGAUCGGAGGCGCGUCCUGUUUAUCCAAACAUCUCCAGUUCUAACAACAGUUUCUCAGCAUUCGAGCACUCAUCUUACGGUCAACAACCCCUGGUUCAUUCUGUGCUGGCGCGGAUCUAGUAGAACGGCGCUCCAUGUCCGAUAACCAAGUCGGCGAAUUCCUCACCGACCUCCGCGAUGCAUUGGGUCGACUCGAAGCUCUCCCCAUGCCAACAAUAUGCGCUAUUGACGGCCCCGCGCUCGGUGGCGGCCUCGAAAUGGCCCUUGCUUGCGAUUUGCGCGUUGCUGGCUCCAGCGUCGAGAAAAUCGGCCUACCCGAAACCGGACUGGGCAUCAUCCCCGGCGCAGGCGGGACGCAGCGAGCAGCUCGACUGCUGGGCCAGAGCAAAGCAAAGGACCUCAUAUUCACGGGACGCUUAUUGACUGCACAACAAGCACUCGAUUGGGGCGUCGUGGAUUACGUCUCACCGAGCGCAUUCGACAAGGCACUGUCCUUGGCGGUUAUGAUUGCUCGCAAUGCUCCGUUGGCCGUUCGUGCAGCUAAACAUGUCAUUUCUCGGUCAGAAGAUGUCCCAUUAGAAACAGGACUCGAUUUUGAGCGCGCGGCCUACAACUUGUUGAUUCCUUCCAGCGACCGCCUUGAAGCUCUCGAGGCAUUCAAACAAAAACGACGUCCCGUCUUCAAAGGCGAAUAA